AUGGCGAACACGUAUGAGCAAUUUGUCGCCUUUGGCACUGAUCUUGUCGGCCUUGAGCGACUUAUGCGACUCUUCCAGUCGGCAUGCUCUCUGCUGAUCGCGUACCCGCUGCUGCUGGCUACGCUACUCCCGAACGCAUCUGAAGUCGCCCAGGCGGCCAAGGCUACGGGCCUCGCGGCUUUUCGCGGCCAGAUCAACGUGUCGCGGCGUUUUAUCCGUCUCUUCCGCUUCAUGGACACCCUCAAGGCCGGCUGGGUGCUGUAUGUCGCUGAGGAGAAGAAUCUGGAGGUGUGGCUCAGCAUCAUCAGCAAGACCUCCCUUGGUCUGUUCGGCAUGACCGAGACGCUCACGCUGUUGGACCUGUUGGGUAUCGACAGCCUCCAGAUCUUUGGCCCCAUCCAGAGCAAGGAAAUAGACUCUCAGUCGCAAUACCUUUGGUUUGGCGGGUUGGCUGCGUCCGUACUGGUCUCCCUCAUCAAGCUGUACCGCCUCAACGGUAGUGUGCCCGUCGAGGAUCCUACCAAGACCAGCACCACCGAAAAUGAUGCGACUGAGAAGGACGCCAAGAAAGAAGCUUCCGAGAAGUCUGCCGAAGCCGAGAAGCAGAAGCAGCGUCAGCAGGAGACCAGCGCCAAGAAGAAGGUUCUUGUCCGAGGCCUCAUUUCCGACACUGUUGACAUGCUCCUGCCCGGCUCCGCCAUCGGCUGGGUGAACAUUACUGCCGGUCAAGUCAGCUCUGCUAUGUUCUUCACGACUUUGACCACAGGAUGGGCUGCUUGGGACCGAAUUGGAGAGAAGCUUCAGAAGUAA